AUGGAUACCAAGUGGAAUCUCACCGACUGCGAGAGAGCUGAGAAACUCGUCUCAGUCGGUGCCAACUUGACUAUCUUGCAUGAGAUGCAGAAAAACCUAGGCCCCGAGGUAGCCGAACGGGUCGCCGACAAACUCACCACGGAGGAGCAAAAGGAGAAGGUGUUCCAGGGGAUCCAUUGCGUCGCUGCUGCUUCUAGCUCGUCCUUUGCCUUCGAGACCUUGGUCGACAUGUACCUGAUGUCUUACAAGCUCAACGAGGACCAGAAAAAGGCAAUUGGGAGUCUGAAUAGCGAGGUUGAGCAGUUACGUAACCUGCUCAUGAUGCUGCGUCAAACAGUGGACAACUUGGAGCGAGGUGCUAGAAUAAUCAAGUGCAGGUAA